AUUAGGUGUGAUUCGUGUUUACACCACCAGAGGUCAAUAUGAACACCAAUAUAAACAAGACUCCUCGGAAACGUGUCGCUGUUUACAUGCAAAAGGUCGUUGAUUUUUUCCAAAGACACACAUUUACUGAGCACAAAGUCACGGCGAAACAGAAUGGUUUCAGGGUCUAACUCCACUGAACGCUAACGUGAUGUCUCUGACGUCACUCCUGCGUAUGAGGCUUGGCAGCAGAUGCAGCACAAAUCAGAUACUACAUAUAAGAGCUCUGUCAGGAGCCGAUGCUGUUAACGCGCUCCGACCCUUUUAUUUUGCGGUCCACCCUGAUUUCUUUGGCCAGCAUCCAAGAGAAAGGGAAGUGAAUGAAAACUCUCUGAAAAGAUUAAACGGCUAUUUAGAGAAUCUGCAAAAGCCGGGCUUUAGGUCUGUCAAACCUACAAAUCUCACUUUUUAUCUCAGGGACAUCAGGGAGAAAACGGAAGACAACAAUGACGUGCUGCAUUCUGGUUUCCAUUCGGUGACUUUCACUUUGCAGGCGAAGGAUGUCCUGUGUGCAGUGGUGGAUGUUUUGAAGUUCUGUAGCUUGUCAGUGGAACACAUACAGGGACUUCUCACAGCCAGAAGCCAAAGCCAGAACACAGCACAACAAGAUGGAAUUCCUUUCUAUCGGCCAAUUAAAUGGGACAAAACGUACUACGCGUUCACAGGCUUCAGAGACCCGGAGCAGGAGCUGGAGCAGGCAAAGAAAUUGGAAACCACACUCAGUCUGUGGCUGAGGAACAAUGAACCAGAGGCCACAAAGAAGCAGAAGGCCAGCGUUCCACGACGAGCCGAGCUGAAGAGACUGAAGAGAGAGCUCAUUGAGAAACUGGGCCUGCUUGAUAUCAGGUGGCAGCGCAAAUGGGGAGUUGCGCACAAAUGCUGUCAGAUGCAGAGUUUGAGCCGCCUCUCUUUACAGAACCCAGAGGCCAUGCCUAUUCUCAGAGGGCACACAAUAGUCUUCACUGACCAAUCAGGAAUGAAUGCCUCAGGCCAUGUGAUGCUGGGAACAAUGGAUGUGCAUCAUCAGUGGACAACGCUCUUUGAGAGGAUGCCUAGCUACAGCAGACUGUUGCAGCAGACAGAGUGGCUAAAGGAUAGGAUCAGUUUCCUGUUAGGUGGGAUCCAGGUGAUCCAUAUGGAGCAUGUGGAUCUGGUGUUACCUCUGGAAGACCACUAUAGCACCCUCAACACCUUCCACAAGAGACUGCUGCCUCACAGGCUUACCCUGCACCCUCGCAGCCUGCAGGGACUCACCAUGAUCGUAGAAAAUGAUCGUUCUAGUGCUAGUCUUCAUGAGAUGGGCCACUUCAUCAUCCCUACUAUGUGUGACCCUGUUUACCUACAGAACUUUCUUCAGAGCCACGCUCAGGAGGCUCGCAGACGUCUGCAGCGCAAGGAGCAGUUAGAGGCUGAGGAGGAUGACGUGGUGUCCAGUUGUGUGCAGGGUCUGUCUCUGCGGAGUCUGUCCAAAGAGCCCAGUGUCUCCAGCAGGCAGAUGAUCCCAUGCUGCAGGCGUUUGCUCGAGGAGAGGUCUCCUUAUAUGCAGGGCCUGCAUCUCUGCAUCUCGCACUUCUAUUCUGUUAUGCAGGACGGUGAUCUAUGUGUACCUUGGGACUGGAAGAGCUGACACACUUUUGAAGGUGUUUAAAUACAAGCACUGUGUGUGUUUUAUGUGGGGUCAUGUAGGUGUGCAAGCUUGUAGUGAAGGUCUGGUGUGGUAUGUAGUACGUUAUUGAAUGCACUUUGGUUGUGUGAUUCAUGCAGGUGGGUGCUCUGCUUGUAAAGCCAGAAGUAAUUGUGAUGGGAGCUUGUGUUGAUUGUUUCAAGUAUAUGAGUUAUGUGUACUCUAAUUGUGAGCACUUACAGAGUUAUUUGCAUUUCAAUUUGCUGCAUUUGAUGGUCAUGAGCUAAAAGUACAGUCUGGGGACUUUAUACAUUGGAGUGACCAUUUUUGUUGAAAUGUAGGAUUAAAAAAAAACAUGACAAAUUACAUAAUGCCAGUACUGUUUGUCUCCACAUUAUUCUUGGAAUUAAUGUCCGUUAGACAUUAAAAAACAUUAGGCUUUAUCUUUUAAAAGACGUCUGUACGAUUAGUGUUGUUUCUUUUUGGUAAGUUCUAUGCUUAGCUCUUUAUAACUCAACAACAUGUAACUGCCAGUGGAGUACAGAAUAUAUUUUGCAGUAUUAGCAAUGUACACUGCCUAAAAGAAGUACAGUCUUUGUGAUGCAUCUGAUGUCCUGUAGAUGGAGCUCCUCUACAGUGUUGAGGAACUCUGCUGAACAUCCCGAGGGAAAGAGAAUCCAUUCCUCUACACUAUCAAUAAUUUGUUCUCAAAACAUAAUCUUACCUUUCCUGUGAUAUAAUACAACAUUGAACUCAAUUUUUAAAUGGUCAUUACUGUGCUGAAUAUCUAACUAGAAGAUUAAAACCACAGACAUGCUUUUUAAAGUUUCUGAAUUUCAAAAAUGGUUUCUGUGCUGAACCCAGCUCCUUAAAACUGUCUCGUACUUUUUGAAUUUCUAUUUCUAUUUGGCACUUAUCUAUAAAUGUUAAAUCUAUUCUUUUUAUCUUUCUGUAGUAGUACUUAUGUUGGUGUCUAUUUUAAUGUUAAAUAUGCACAUGCACUGUGUGGACACCUGACCUUCACAGACUUAUGUGUGUCUUUCACAAACAGUUGUCACAAAUUUGAAAUGCAUCAUUUUAUAGAAUGUCUUUGUAUGCUGUAGUUUCAACAUGUAGCUUCACUGGAACUAAAAAGUACAAACCUAGUUCAUGAUGACAAUCUCCCUAUCCACAAAUGAAGGUUCAUAGAGUGCAGAAAGACAUGGUUUGUUAAGGCUAAUGAGGAAGAAUUCAAGUGGUCUGAGCCCUGACCGAGCUCUGACUGGAUGCAACACCUAUUAGAUAAACUAGAUUGCCGGCUGAAUGCCACAUUUUUUUGACUUGUAUAACUAAUGCUCUUUCGGCUGAACGGGUAAAUCACCACAGCCAUGCACAAUGCAUCUGGAAUGGGAUGUACAAAAAGCACAUAAGUGUGUGAUUGGUCAGGUGUACGCACGCACACACACACAGUCACAGUGCUGCUCUUUAAAUGAAUGCAGUUAUACUUUGUUCAUUCUGUAUGUAGAUGAUCCUAUGAGUAAAGUUGAUCCUGACUCAUGAUUAUGUUGUAUAUUAUGAUGCAUGUUGCAUCUCUGAUGAGGGAGGUAAAUGUCUAAAAUGUGUUUGUGUAAAGUAAAUACAUUGUUUUUGUCUGUGUCUAAAAGAGCAGCUAGGUUUAAUAAAUCUGAUCUGAAUUAC